GUGCGACCUGAAGAAAGCUGGAACCAUGCUGACCUCAUGCACUCCGAAGCAGACUCCACUUCUGCAAAUUCCACCAUCAAUGCAGACCAGGGAAAUGAGGAUCUCCAGAUCUGCCGUGUAUGUGGGGACAAGGCCACUGGUUAUCACUUCAAUGUCAUGACAUGUGAAGGAUGCAAGGGCUUUUUCAGAAGGGCCAUGAAACGCAACGCCCGGCUCCGGUGCCCCUUCCAGAAGGGCACCUGCGAGAUCACCCGGAAGACCCGGCGGCAGUGCCAGGCUUGCCGCCUGCGCAAGUGCCUGGAGACCGGCAUGAGAAAAGACAUGAUCAUGUCCGACGCGGCUGUGGAGGAGAGGCGGGCCUUGAUCAGGAGGAAGAAGAGAGAACAGUUUGAGACUCAGCGCGCUGGAGCCAAGGGUCUGACUGAAGAGCAGCAGACGAUGAUCAGGGAGUUGAUGACCGCUCAGAUGAAAACCUUCGAUAGCACCUUCACGCAUUUCACGGAUUUCCGGCUGCCAGAGGUGCUCAGCAGUGGCCUUGAGAUUCCAGAGUCUCUGCAGACUCAGUCAAGGGAAGAAGCUGCCAAGUGGAGCAAGAUCAGGGAAGAUCUGUGUUCAGUGAAGCUCUCCCUGCAGCUGCGGGGGGAGGACGGCAGCAUCUGGAACUACAAGCCCCCAGCCGACAACAGCGGGAAAGAGAUCUUUUCCUUGUUGCCCCACAUGGCUGACGUGUCAACCUACAUGUUCAGAGGCAUCAUCAACUUUGCCAAAGUCAUCUCCUAUUUCAGGGACCUGCCCAUCGAGGACCAGAUCUCUCUGCUGAAGGGGGCCGCCUUUGAGCUGUGCCAGCUGAGAUUCAACACGGUGUUCAACGCAGAGACCAGGACCUGGGAGUGUGGGCGGCUGUCCUACUGCUUGGAAGACCCUGCAGGUGGCUUCCAGCAGCUUCUGCUGGAGCCUGUGCUGAAAUUCCACUACAUGCUGAAGAGGCUGCAGCUGCAUAAGGAGGAAUAUGUGCUGAUGCAGGCCAUCGCCCUUUUCUCUCCAGACCGCCCGGGUGUGGUGCAGCGCCGCUUGGUGGACCAGCUGCAGGAGCGGUUCGCCGUUACCCUGAAGGCCUACAUUGAGUGCAACCGGCCCCAACCUGCGCACCGGUUCCUGUUCCUGAAGAUCAUGGCUGUGCUCACCGAGCUGCGCAGCGUCAAUGCCCAGCACACCCAGAAGCUGCUGCGCAUCCAGGACGUCCACCCCUUUGCCACCCCGCUCAUGCAGGAGCUGCUGAGCAUCACGAACAGCUGAGCGGCCGCCCUGCGGCACCCGGAGCCCGGCCCUUGGAGCGGAGCCACCACUCCUGGGGCUCCACGGACAGACACUCACAAUGCCCUGAGGUCCCGCCUCCCCAGGGAACUCACAGAGACAGCCAUGAU